AUGGGCAGUAAGGACCGGUCGCGCGUCCUCCGGGUGCCGCCGCCCUUCCUCUUCCCCGACGGGGCGGCCGGAGAGCGCGGGGCGCAGCCUGGUGGAGGUCCCCGGACGGAGGGAGGAGGCGGCGGCUGCGGCGGCGGCCCCAGGAAGAGGAAGCGGACCACCUUCAGUCGGGGCCAGUUGAGCGAGCUGGAGCGCGUCUUCGCCGCCCUCCCCUACCCGGACAUCGGGACGCGCGAGCGCCUGGCCGAGCUCACGCAGCUGCCCGAGGCCAAGAUCCAGGUCUGGUUCCAGAACCGCCGCGCCCGCAGGAUGAAGAGCAGCGCCGCGCCCCUCCGGGCUCAGGCUGGCAGCAAGCCCGAUGGGCAGCCGGGACUGAGCCCCACGCCGCCGCCCGGCAACGCCUCUGUCUUCCUAGGCUGGGAGGAGGCGGCGCCCCCUCGGUGGCCGGGGAGCUCCGUCCGAGAAGAGGAAGAGGCCGCGGCGUGGACCGCCCUGUCGAGCCGCUGGGACGCCCUUCCUCCGCCUCGCACCUCCCUGGGCACCAUAUCGGACCUCAUCUACAGCGCCGCCCUGGUGGCCAACUUCGGGGACCUCUAGACGCCGGCGUGGGCGCACAGUCGAGGAAGAUCUGGUGCUGGGUGAGAGGUGGAUGGAAGCCUGGCUGGGUGGGAGCUGGAAGCAGCAAUAGGGGAAGGCUAGAGCAGCGUUUCUCCUCCUGUCAACCAUCGUUCCUUUGUGUAACAGGCUCCUUCCUGGGAAGGGGAGAGGGCUGUCUCUGUUGGAGUCCAAUGGUAUCUGGGCACCCCCCCCCCCGUUUAAAAAUGCACCUGGCCGCAUUAAUCUGCUGGCUUUUCUCCUCU